GACAGGAGGAAGGACAGCCAUGAGUGCUGACACAGCCAGCAGACUGGAUCUAGACUCUGAUUAUCAUGCUGAACUGGCGGACAUGGUGGCAGCCAUGAGUGUGGCUGCCACCAGACUGACCCCACCAAACGGGUACAGGACCACACCACAUCGCCUCAACCUGUCCGACCGGAAGCUUUCCCUGCAGGAGAGAUCCAGCUGCCAGAAUGGAGGUCCACGAAUGGCCAGAAGACCUACUAUUGAGUCCAAGCGUGUGUCUAUUUCUGAUGGAGACGAUUGUGUCCAGCUAAAUCAGUACAAGUUAAAGAACGAGAUUGGAAAGGGUUCAUAUGGAGUGGUCAAGUUAGCAUAUAAUGAAGAUGAUGACCAGUAUUAUGCUAUGAAAUUGGUAUCCAAAAAGAGGUUAAUAAAGCAGUUGGGAUUCCGACGACGACCUCCUUCCCGAGAAUCCAAUGGAUCAGUGGGAUCCCAGGAGAAUCUGUUAAAGCCGUCCGGCUUGCUGGACCGAGUAUAUCAAGAAAUCGCUAUUUUAAAGAAACUUGACCAUCUGAAUGUUGUUAAAUUAGUUGAGGUUCUCGAUGACCCAGCUGAGGAUAACUUACAUAUGGUGUUUGAGUUGGUACCUAAAGGCCCAGUGAUGGAGGUCCCGACAGACAGCCCUCUAUCAGAAGAAAUGGCCCAUUUGUACUUCAGAGACAUCAUUCUAGGAAUCGAAUACUUGCACUAUCAGAAAAUCAUACAUAGAGACAUCAAACCAUCAAACCUCUUGCUGGGUGAUGACGGGCACGUCAAGAUUGCAGAUUUUGGGGUCAGCAAUGAGUUUGAGGGGAACGACGCACUCCUGUCGAACAGUGCAGGAACACCAGCUUUCAUGGCACCUGAAACACUGACGGAUCAGGACCAAAGAUUCAGUGGAAAGGCUCUAGAUAUUUGGGCAAUGGGAGUGACUCUGUUCUGUUUUGUCUUUGGAAAGUGUCCUUUUCAUGACGACUACAUCCUAGGCCUGCAUGAGAAGAUCAGGAGUAUGUCAGUGGAGUUUCCAGACAAGCCUGAGAUCAGUGAGCAGCUGAAGGACCUCAUCACCAGAAUGCUGGAUAAAGUCCCUGAAACUAGAAUCACGUUAGCAGAGAUAAAGCUUCACCCAUGGGUCACGGUGGACGGCACUGAUCUGCUUCCACUGGAGGAGGAUCACUGCACUGUGGUGGAGGUCACCGAGGAGGAGGUGCAGAACUCUGUCAAACUAGUGCCCAGCCUGUCUGCUGUGAUUCUGGUGAAAUCGAUGCUGCGUAAGCGCUCUUUCAGUAACCCCUUCGAGUGUCCGAGUGGCCGGCAGGGCAGAUCCAUGUCUGCUCCUGGAGGCCUGACUGUGUAAGCACACAACUCACGCACACAUCACGACAUCU